AUGCCAAUAAAAGAUGAACAUCGAAAAGAUGACGAAGAAGCAAAACUCUAUUCACCACAGUUGUUGUUCUCGACAUCCGCAUCACUUUCAUCCUGCUCGUCUGCAUCAGAUGUCGUUUCCGGCUCGACAUCGUCCACAUCUGAAUCGUCAUCCAACAACACAACUGCACGUGGCGGUGAUGUAGACUCUGCAAAAAAUAAGCUAAGUCAUCGGAAAAAUUGA